AUGACUGGCAACCAAAGCCAAAUAGAGGAGGCACAUGCUCCAGAAAUUGCCCCAAGACAAGGGGCAAAAAAUAGGAAAACAUUCCGCAGCUUCCACUUUUUGAAAAAAAAAAAUGAAGAACGUAGUGCCGAUAAUACAAGAAGCAAGGAUCACAUGUUCUCAUCAAGUAGGAGUGAUUACGCUUCUUUGAAGGAUAAUCAGAAGGAGGUAAUUAAAGGAAAAGUACCCAAGUCGUAUGUACGCGAUUUGGAAAUACCCAACGUUAGGGUGAGAAAUAAAUUUCAGUUUGUUCAUGUGCAUGGCGCAGAAAAUGAUUCUCCAAAUCAGCGUCUUCAUGAAUCUAGUGAACGGGACGAUGUUGCCCUCCCCCAAGAUUUAAGCGGCGCGUCCGCCACAGACAGCCAUAGCUCAGGUCAUGGUGCAAUUAAUGAUGCUAGUCAUGACGCCAUCGAGAACGUGAGUAACAACGUCAGUAAUAACGCCAGUAAUAACAUCAGUAAUAACGUGAAUAACAACGUGAGUAAUAACGUGAGUAAUAACCCCAGCAAUGGCAUAUCGGGGACGCGAGCGAGUCACCAGUCCGCGCAGGAUGAGGACGAAAGUGCCUCCCUACGGGUGGAUUCUUCUCUUCCAAAUACAUCAACAAGAAAUAACGAACACGAAGAAAAUAAUUCCAGCAGCGCCGCCAUUGGGCAGGAAGCGAAUGGACAGUCAUUGGGUAUGGUUUCGGGAAAUAUCAGACAGGUGGGGCAUGUUACUGGGGACAGCGGACCGAAUGGAAAUGUUACAUGCGAACAUACUCCUGAUGAGAACCCCCCUAGUGAGAAUCGACUAAAUGAGGACACACAACCUCCUAGUGGAGGAAACAUAGAAACACAAAACGAUCUUCUAACAAACUUAGAAAACCCAAAUCAGAACGAGGCGCAAAAUGACCCAAGUCGAAGCAGAAAUUCAGCAGAAAACACAUCGAAUGCAGAAGACUUAGACUAUUACGUCUUAACGAUAAGGGACUUAAGAAACACGCAGGUGAAUGAAAGCGAAUACGAAAAUGAAGAAGGGCUUGAGCUAGCUUUUUAUCAGAGAUGCAUUAUUGGGAAGAUAUUUGGGUAUGAAAUAAAGCCUAUUUUAGAAGAAUAUAAUUUGAAUAAAGCCAUUAGACUAAUUCUGUUCAUCUUAUUGAUGCUGGCACUUUUUAGUAUAGAAUUUGUCCUACUGUAUAAUAACCUAUUAAAAGUAAGGGUAGCGGAAAACCAGUUUCUUCUAAUCGAAUCAAAUUACAACAGCGCCUUCUUAAAUAAUUUUCUGUUUCAAUUUAACGAAAAGGAAUUAAAAACGUGGCACCUAACGAAUGACAUGAUAAGGGAUGAAAUAACAAACGGAAAUUUUACACUCUACGAUAACAUGUGUGAAGUGGUUAACAAGUUAAAUAUAAAUUGUGACGAACAUUUGCUAGAAUUCUACAAAUCGCAUGGUGACAAAAAUAAGAAAAAAAUAAUCGAACAUUCUAUUCAUUUGUAUGACGAACUGAGCCAGAGAAAUAUUUCCAUUUAUAGGGUAAAGGAAACUUUGCUAAGUCCAUGUAAAGAUAUAAGCACAAGGACCCUCACCGAAGGAAGUAGUUAUAUAUUUCUAUUUGUAGCUCAAAAGAAGCAUCUAAAAAUUAGCACCCCCUUUUUAAUACUAACGGUUUUUUUCUUCUGCAUGCGUAUCGCCCUAAUCCUGUCAAGAAUUCUAUACGACUUUGUGUUAUUUUUGUGCUUCAAGAAUUACAGACUGUCAGUCGAGAGCAAAAGGAAGUACCUUGCCAAAUAUAUGUGGUCAGUGAGCACUAUCAUGUUUCUAGAGAUUAUAUUAGGGGAUGACUGCGUCAUUUGGUGGAUACACGAUAUUGACCCUAUUUUUAAUUACCACUUUCAAUAUUUCUUGUGGUACAUAUCUCUGUUCUGCUUAUUGUCGUAUGUACUACACAGAGUGUUUAGGAAGUAUGCACUAAGAAAUGACAGUAGCAACUGCUCAGCAGCUUCGUUCUCCAUGCAAUAUAUUCAGGAUUUUCUCUUCGCGAUUAACAUCAUUUUCGCCUGCCUCUUUAUACUAUUCAAUAUAAGUAAGGCCACAGUUAUCACCAUUAUCAUCACCGCCAUAGUGCUCUUCAUAGAUAUAUUAAAUGACUCCUACUUAGAACAAAUACGACUGACCAAUUUUGAAGCGUUCCCAUCAUCCAAUCGGCAAAGAAAGAAAAAAUUAUACAUAAUUGAAAAUAACAAAAAAAAUGAAAAGAAAUUUACUCUAGUUAGAUUAAAUGAGCACAUUUAUAGAGAGGUCACCAUGGAGAGUAACUCAGAAAAACGAACAAGUAAAGGUGAUUUCGAUACCAAUAAUAAAGACCAACUGAAAAAGUCAUGUGAGAAAAAAAACAAAAUAUUUAACUUGAAGAAUUUAUUUAAUAAGGGAAAAAUAAAGAAGACAAAAAGUCCAAAAAAUGCCACCAGCAAUGGUAAAGAAGUCGAGGAGGGGAAAGGUAGUAAUAAUAGUGAGGAGGAAAAACAUAGCUAUGUUGAUGGUGAAAAAUAUGACGGUAUGCAUAACCCAGGAACGUCAUCUGUGGACUAUUGCGAAAUUUGCGAUGAACGCCUUAAAAAUGUGGUGCUGUAUCCCUGUAUGCAUGGAGGAUUUUGCGAAACAUGCAUACGGUCCAUGAUAUUCAAUUCACUUAAGUUGAAGGACUCCUUCCCAAAUUGUCCUCUCUGUCGAGACGCCAUCAAAAAUGUCUACAAAAUAUCAUACGAGGAUAGUCAGCAGAAGGUCGAGGCCGUCACCAUACUCACUAUCAGGGUGAAGCAAUGA